AUGUCGAACGCCGCUAAGAAGAAGUCCUCAAAGAAGCGCACGGCUUCUGAAGCCACUCAAUUCGAUCAGAAGACUAUCCAAGAGUUCAAAGAGGCUUUCGGAAUCAUGGAUCAGAACAAGGAUGGCGUCAUUGAUAAGAACGACUUGAAGGAUUUGUAUGCUUCGAUGGGACAAAUUGCCUCGGACUCGCAGAUCGACGCCAUGAUCAAGGAAGCUCCAGGACCAAUCAACUUCACGGUCUUUCUUACCCUUUUCGGAGAGCGGUUGACUGGAACUGAUCCGGAAGCCACUAUUGUUGGAGCUUUUGCCAUGUUUGAUAAAAAGGAUUGCGGAAAGAUCAAAGAGGAUGAGCUUGUCAGAAUUCUUCAGAACAAGAGAGGAGAGCCUUUGGAUGAAGAUGAAAUCAAGGCCAUGUACAAGGGAAAACCGCCAAUUGAGAAUGGAGAGGUUGACUACAAGGCUUUUGCCCACCUCAUCACCACUGGAGCCCAAGAUGAGCUCGCGAACGCUUGA